AUGGGGAUCAGCGUCGGAGACUCUAGGCGGCUUGCGAUCAGGGGCGAAUUACUGACACGAGCGGAUUUUGGCAUUCACGCUGUUCGCAAUGUGUCGCACAAAGUGGAGUGGUUGAUGGACCGCCUUCAGAAGUUGUGUGCGGUUGGUACGGCAGUUCGCCGCUCUCGCGGCCAGACUAGCUGGGCAUUUUUGCUUGAGCUAAUGGUGGUAGUCGCACUACUGAGUGGUGAGUCAUGCCUGGCUCAAAAAGAGUUACUCAACGCGUCCAUUGACUCAAGGGCCGAUGAAACCUGGGAUGCGGCUCAGAAGAUUUGGCAGUGGGCUGAACCGGGAUACCAGGAGGUGCAAUCGGCCGGGUUGUUGGCCGGGCAGCUUGAAGCGGCUGGGUUUCAGGUGGUGCGCGGCGUGGCUGAGAUGCCGACGGCGUUUACGGCCACGUUUGGUGAUGGCCAUCCGAUCAUCGGUAUCUUGGGCGAGUACGAUGCUCUGCCAGAACUUUCGCAGCAGGCCGUUCCGCAGCGCGCGCCCAUCGAAGGAAACGAGUACGGCCAUGCCUGUGGACACCAUUUGUUUGGGGCCGCUUCGGUGUCGGCGGCGAUCGCGAUUGCUGAACAGAUUCGGUCCGGACAGAUUCGAGGAACGGUUCGCUUCUAUGGUUGUCCGGCAGAGGAAGGCGGCUCGGGGAAGGUCUUUCUGGUUCGGGCCGGAUUGUUCAACGAUUGCGACGCGGUUGUGCACUGGCACCCCAGCAGUCGUAACGCGGCCGGUGACCCUAGUUGCCUCGCGCGUUGCGCGGUGAAGUUUCGUUUCCAUGGUCGUGCCGCACAUGCGGGUGCAUCGCCUCACCUGGGGCGUUCGGCUUUAGACGCCGUAGAGCUGACCAACUAUGCGGCGGAGAUGCUGCGUGAACAUACGCCCGACAUGACGAGGAUUCAUCACGUCAUUACUUCCGGCGGCGGCGCCCCGAACGUAGUGCCGGAGUUUGCAGAAGUGUUCUACUAUGUCCGGCAUCCGCAGGCUGAAGUGGUGCGUGAUCUCUACAACCGGCUUGUGCUGUGUGCCAAGGGCGGGGCGUUGGCGACCGAAACAAAGCUGGAAGUCGAGUAUCUCGGUGGUACGGUGGAGAUAUUGCCGAACGAUACUCUAAAGCGAUUGACCCUGGCCAAUCUCAGAGCGCUCAAUCAAUUGCAAUACGACGAGACCGAGAAGCAAUUCGCGGCGCGGAUACAAUCGACACUGCUGGAGCAGCCGUCGCUGGACUCAAUUACUGAAGUGGUCGAUGCCAGUGGUUCGACCAAGAUGGGAUCGACCGACGUGGGUGAUGUGUCUUGGGUUGUGCCGACAACUGGGUUCUCCACGGUGUGCUGGGUUCCCGGUACCCCUGGCCAUUCGUGGCAAGCGGUGGCCAGUGGGGGCACAACGAUCGGCCGCAAGGGCAUGCUGAUGGCCGCGAAAGUAUUGGCUGCCACGAUGUGGGAUAUGUACCAACAACCCGAUGUCAUCGCCGCUGCCAAGAAAGAGCAUCAAAAGCGUCUCGCGAGCAAGCAGUACCAAGCUCUGCUUGAACCCAAGCAGAAGCCGCCACUCGAUUAUCGGAAGUAG